AACAAAGAUACUCGUUUAGCAGCUCUACUUCUUGGCUUUCAUUCUACUUCUUUAAAGCAAUUAUAGAGCUUCAGAAUACCAUUGUAGAUUCAUUCAGCGGGGGUGCGUGGUAUUUUACUUCAGGAUUGUAAUUUUUUGACCACCUGGCUUCUUGUAUUCGUUUCUAUCUUUCCGGAGAAAAAAAUCGUAUUCAAGUGAGCAUUAUUUGGAGAAAAUAUAACCAAAGGCCUAAAAAUGCUGAGCAACGAAGGAAGAUUCAUUGACCGAAACAGGGAUAUCCCAGCUGCCGGAAAAAUAUUUGGUGUAUCGGGAUGUACGACUAAUGAUUGUUUACAGAUACAUGAAGGGAAUGAAUAUCCAAACAAUGUUAAGAAAUUUCAAGCAUUUACGAGACCAAGAGCAGGUGUAGAGAGAAUAUUCUAUGGCCGAGCUGAUGACCCAAACAUUGCUGCACAAAUAAAUCAUGGUGUCAGUACAAAACCAUCUCUUUGGGCUGGAGACCUGGUAAACCCACCCAAAACAACACUUUUUUCUCAAAGAAUGCUAGACAAAAAGGAAGCAAUUUAUGCCAGUCGUAAAAAUGCACCGCUAGGAGAGUGUCAUGAUCAGCUAAAAAACUUACCUGAAGGAGCAAAACUAAAUGAAGAUUGCUACGGUGUAAAAACUAUAAAAGAUGGUACAGCAGGAGAAAUGGUUAACCCUGAUAAAAAAGCUAGUCAAGUCAUGACUGAAUCACAAGAAGGAAAAGAGCUUUACAAAUUCAGUCAUCAUGACUAUGAUGUUGGUGAAAGCUAUGAUAGGAAAUAUGACUGGGGUAGAGUUCCAAAAGAUAGUACAUUUGGAGUGGAUACACCUCACAAUAAUGAUGGAAUUCAUGUCAAGAAAAGUUUAAAGUGGCUCCAUGAAACACAACAGGAAAAGUGCACAAAGAUAGUAUCGAAGAGAGUGGAUGACUUCAGAGAAAGAACACAGCCCCAACUUGGCCAGGUUCAUGACCCUAUAAAAGACACUCUAAAAGUAGGACCUGACCAUGUGUUUGGAGUUUUGGUUAAACCUGAUGAAUAUGGAGCAGGAGACCUUAUACAUAUGCGCAUGCCAUCUAAGUACCUCAGAGGCAAGGAAGCAGAAAGGGGUGUGAUAGCAGCAAUACGACAACACCUGAAAAAAGCUAAUUACCAUAACUUUGAAAGUCUGCAAGCUGCAUUUGAACAUUAUGACAAGGACAAAUCAGGAAAAAUAAGUCUUGAAGAACUGGCAAAAAUCUGCACAGAAUUUAACCUGCCUGUUGAAGAUGAGCUUCUUAAGUCUCUCCUGACCUACUGUGAUGCAGAUCAAGAUGGACAAAUCAAUUAUACAGAGUUUGCCAACUUUUUAAAUUGGAAAGACCAGAUGCCUAGUGGCAAAAGUAGCGGGACAUCUCUGUCAGAUAAAGAGGGAACUCAACAAGAGGAGGUUGCCAGUCCCAAAACAUUAUCAAAGCAGAUAGACAAGGCUGUUGGUGGAUGGAAGCAGUCGUCAAUGCUUGUCAAUGCUACUGUUGGGGGAGUCAAGACAAACAACUGGAGAGCAUAUGGAACCCCAACGAUUAGAUCAGAUCUGGCUGCACCUAGGAUUAGAAGAGUUGGCGACACAACAAAUUAUGGAGAUGAAUCUGAUGCAUAUGGACUGAUCAACCCUUCACUAUACAGCAACCAUGGAGUUUACGAAAAAGACUUUUUCCAGCCAAGGGAUCGAUUUGAGAUGAGAAGAAUUAUCGAUGGUAUUGGAGUAGAAAUGAAUCCUGAAACAUUUGAGAAAAUUUGGGAGGCUGCAGCCACACAAGGACCCCAGGGCCAGGUUAGUGUAGAAUCUUUCAGAAAUGUCAUGGAUCAGCUGACUGCUACAAAAGUCAUGGAAAGCCAAGAACUUUAAAAAAUAAGUUAAAAACAGAUUUAUUAAUAUAUAUUAUCAUACUUACUGUAUUGUACUGUGCGUCUU